AUGGGCUCAACACCUGGUAUACCACCCAAUGACAAGCCCAACACGUCCUCAAAUGGCUCAACCGGAAUUUUCCCAUCCUUGACCGACGGGUACAUCAGCGAUUGUACUAACCACGGUAUCAACAGAAAAACCUUCAGAGUUGAUAUCAAGACCUCCGAAUAUAACACUGCUGCCCAGGUCUUCCUGGAUUCGGAGAUCAUCUCAGAUGAAGCAACUACAGUUGCGGCAUGGUCGUUGACAAUUUCGAAGUAUAUCGGAGCGGAUGAGGUGUCUAUCUAUAUUUUGCUCACUGAAAGAUCGCAAUGGCGGAUUUCAGUUUGCCCUUUAGCUGUCCAAGAGUCGCAAUCGCAGUUGCAAUUCCUUCGACACGCCCAAAGGCUUCUUUAUGAUAUAAGAUCUGGGGGCGCACAUAUCUUAGAGGCGCCUGAAGAUGAAAUUUCCGACCUCGCCAGCCAAUCGACUAAUACUGCUAUUGUAUUUCACAAUGGGUCGCCUAUUAGAUCUGCUCCUGCCCUUGAGAAUAUACUUCAGAAAAGCAUUAUUAGCCUAAACGUUCUCGAUAUCAAUGAAGCCUCGAAUUUGUAUCUGUCCUACCAUAAUUGUAUGCUUUCAGAUAAUCAAGCGGCCAACGUCGGCACGACAUUUGCCAAAGUCUUUUCUAUUUUGAAGCAGAAAGCCGGCACCUCCCUUGGGAGUAUUGACUACAUGAGUAAAUCCCACUUGGAUCAGCUAUGGAAAUUCAACAGCCGGAUCCCGGAACAACCUUGGAUGGAAUGUUUUCAUGAUGUUGUCGAAAGGCACGCCUUAGAAAACCCAUCAGCACCAGCGAUCGACUCGUGGGAUGCUAGACUCACGUAUCAUGAGCUAAACACGCGAGCGGCCCGUUUGGCUAAAUACCUGCAAAAUCAUGGUGUCUGCCCGGGAGUUAUUGUCCCAAUAUGCUUUGAGCGCUCAUCGAGUGCUAUCAUUGCCAUGCUUGCUGUUUCCAAAGCUGGAGGAGCCUUUGUGAGCAUUCCACCCUACCUCCCACCCGGAAGAAGGGACGCAAUAAUUCAAAUGGUCGCCCCGCCUUUCGUCUUAACGACGUCUGAUCAUGGACACCUCUGGACUGCUAAAUUGAGUUGGAUUCCAAUAGAAGGCGAUCGGAUUGAACGCCUACAAAAUUGCGAGGGCCCACCAAUCUCGAACGCGCAGCCGAAAGACAUGUUUUAUGUCAUCUUUACAAGCGGCUCAACUGGUACUCCAAAAGGGUGUAUAGUCUCCCAUUCAUCUUUUCUCAAUGGGGCGCUUAGAAAAGCUCCCGAAUGGAAAUUCGGGCCUAACCGUCGCGUGCUUCAGAUGCUCAGCCACACAUUUGAUAUGAGCCUUCUUGAGAUUGGUACCAGUUUAGGUUCUGGGGCUUGUGUAUGUGUGCCUCGAACAGAAGAGAUUGAAGAGAGCCUUGCCUGUGCAAUAAAUAAGUACAAUAUAACGUUGGCUGUCAUGACUCCGUCUCUUGCCCGUAGGCUGGAACCUCAAGCUGUACCAGGCCUCAGAGUCCUCUGCCUUGGAGGCGAACCAUUCCCCAAAGAAAUAGUGACCAUGUGGUCGGAGAGAAUCAACCUCUUCCAAUUUUAUGGCCCCAGCGAGUGCUCAAUUAACUCAUCCAGCAGGGCUGUUACACAUAAGAACACCGACCCUUUGAAUAUUGGGGAUCCCAAUAAUGCAGCUUGUUGGGUUGUUGAUUCUGGAGAUUAUAAUAGGCUAGUGCCAGUUGGCGCUAUCGGUGAGCUACUAGUAUCCGGGCCCAUUGUUGGGUUAGGAUACCUCAAAGAUCCUAUUAAGACAUCACAGGUGUUUCUUGAUGAUGUUGCUUUUCUACAGGGAGAUUCUCAAUACCAAGGUUUCCGCUGCUACAAGACGGGAGACUUAGUACGUUGGAACUCCGACGGAACAAUCAACUUUUGUGGUCGGGUAGAUACCCAGGUGAAACUUAAUGGUCAGCGGCUUGAACUUGGGGAGGUUGAAUAUCAUUUAACUCUCAAUAAUAAUGUUCGGCAUGCUGUGACGAUAGUACCAAAGGUCGGCCGCUGCAGAGACAAUUUAAUGGCUGUUAUAUCGUUGAAAUCAACACCACAAAGCCACAACGUGGUAGAAGACAUACUACCCUUACGAGAUCAGCCUGUUGAUAGCGUCGUACUAUCUUUACGGACACAAUUGCAGAACGCAUUACCGAGAUACAUGGUGCCCACAAUUUGGGCAUUCGUCAAGUAUAUGCCUAUGUCGGCUUCUGGGAAGAUUGACCGCGUCAGAGUACGGAGAUGGGUCGAAGAAAUGCCGGAAACUACCUUCUCUGAGAUAACAGGAGGAAAUCCCAAUGCCAUUGAUGAUUUCGAACCCACAACCGAGCUAGAAUACGUCAUCCAAGAAAUUUGGAGCAGUGUCCUCAAUAUUCCUCCACCCCAAGUUGGUCUUCAUCUGUCUUUCAUCCAACUUGGUGGAAACUCCAUCCUCGCACAAGAUGCUGUUGCUAAAUGCCGAAAAAAGAAUGUUUCCUUGUCGAUGACCGAUAUCUUGACGUGUGAAGGCGUCGCUAGGGCGGCAUCUUUAGCAACGCUACCUGAAAGCAACGGUUCCUCGAGCAAACCCUCUACUUUUAAGCUAGCUGCGAAGAAUUUCCGAGAGGGAUAUAAUUGGUCCCGUUUUGCAGUUACUAAUUUUGAUGAGAUUGAGGAUAUAUACCCUUGCACGUCCAUGCAAGUAGGCAUGUUUAUUGGCCAAAUACGUAAACCGGGGUCGUACCACUUGCGCUUCUUUUAUAAACUGGCCAACAAAACAGGGGUAUCGCCUGACUUGGGAAAGAUUAAGACUUCAUGGUAUAGAGUUGUUGCUCAUCAUCCAUCACUUCGCACAAUUUUCUUGGAUGAUUUAGGAACUGAUGCUGAGUGGCAUUCACUUGUCCUGCGGCAACCACAAGUCGAUAUUAUCACUCAUGAAGUAGCCACAAGCACUUCUCCAUCUGAAGCUAUGGAUAUUUUUACACGUUCGCUAACGCCGUUUGUCAAAGAUUCUCCCCCGCACCGGGUGACAGUUUGCGUCUGCGAUGGAAAGGCAAUAUAUCUCAUGCUUGAGGUCUCACACGCCCUAGUGGAUGGAGCUGCUAUGGAAAGCCUCAUGAAAGAUUUUGCCUAUGCUUAUGGUGGUAUGCCAUUCUCCCACAAUGCUCACACCUAUCGCGACUUCGUGGAAUAUGUAGCGCAACGAAACACAGAAGCGAGUGCUACGUAUUGGACGUCCUACCUUGAAAACUGUCCACCGUGCAUAAUUCCAGUUAGUAGACAGAUGGUCUUUGAUAAUAUUCCCACAAGAUUCUUGCGGAAAGAUUUUAACUAUGAAAAAAGCCAUGCCUUCCUUUCACGAUGCAAGGAGAGACAUAUAACUGUGGCAUCUGCAGUGCGAGUGGCUUGGGCGUUAGUGCUUCGGGCGUAUACAGGCUCUCGUGACGUUUCCUUUACUUACGUCGCAGCUGGACGAGAUGUUCCAAUCAAAGACGUGGAUAAAAUGGUUGGACUCUGCCUAAGUAUACAGCCAUGCCGUGCACGACUGGAGUCCAGUGAAACCCUGAUAUCUCUUACAAGGAAGAUGCAGCAGGAGUACAUUGAAAGUAUGCCAUACCAGCAUUACCCCUUGACUGAAAUGAAAGCUAGACUCUACCCAGAAGGUAGCGAGGCAAUGUUCAAUACAGCGGUGUCGAUGGAAUGGACAACUCGUACAGAUCCAUAUUCUAGUUCGUCCAUAUCGUUUGAAGAAAUUAGGGAGCAGGAUGAUCCGACAGAGUAUGAUAUAGUGGCUAACGUUGAUAUCUUGAACGGUGCAAUGAAGCUUGGCUUUUUAUACUGGCCGUCAUUUACAGAAGAUGACGUGAUAUGCAUGGCCAAUGCGUUUAUGAAAGCUUUGAGCUUCUUUCUAGAGUAUGACGAUAUCCCUAUUGAUUCUGUAUCCUUGCUGGAUGCCACAGAUCUUGACAUCGUGAAGUCCUCCCAACAUUCGCCACUAAUCUCACAUGAAAUAAGCGUACUGGAUACAAUAGAAAAAUUCGCUGCUUUAUAUCCUGACGCUCCAGCAAUUGUAUCUUGGGAUGGACAAUACUCCUAUAGCCAAAUGGUAGAGUUGUACUCAAAGCUUGCAAAGCAUCUCAUCAAGCAAGGCGUGAGUCGCGGGGAUAGUGUCGUUGCAUGUCUUAAUAAGUCGUGCUGGUCCACCAUCACCAUUCUAGCCAUCCUGAAGUCAGGUGCGGCCUUGGUUGCUACAAACCCUCUUCAUUCUCAGCAGCGUCUUCACACCACAGUAAGGCAUUGUGGUGCCACACUCAUACUUGCCGAGCCGAAGUUCAUUUCAUUCUUCGAGACAGCCAGUACGCGAGCGAUUUCAAUAAACAAGGCAACGGUCGAAGCGAGCCUUCCAUUCGUAUCCCUGCCAAUAUUAACUGGGGCUGACCUGGCUACCAUCGUUUACACUUCAGGAACAACAGGGGAGCCGAAAGGCAUCGUUAUAGACCACGGCUCCCUUGCCACAAGCGUCUUACUCGGACACGGACGAAGCUACAAAUACGGCAGAGAAACGCGAGCCUUACAGUUUGCAUCCUUCACUUUCGAUGCCUGUUUGCAGGAAAUUGUCACGACGUUGUCGCACGGUGGUUGCGUGUGUAUACCUUCUGAAGAUGAGCGGCUAUCAAACCCAUCAGAUUGUAUCAAUCAGAUGCAGGUGAAUUUGGCUUUGCUCACGCCGACGGUUGCGCGACUAAUAAAGCCCGAAGAUGUAACUGGUCUGAAAACGCUUAUCCUCUGUGGUGAGCCAAUGAAUCGGCAAGAUGUGGACGUUUGGGCUCACGCCGUCGACCUUUAUAAUGGAUACGGGCCGGCCGAAACAACAAUUUGCGUUUCUGUAAAUGGUCCAGUACGGCAUGCUGAUGACCCUUCAAACAUUGGCCGUCCAGUGGAAAGUGCCCGUUUUUGGAUUCUUGAAAUGGCCGAUGGUAAUCGCCUCGCACCUCUGGGUUGCGUGGGGGAGUUAGCCGUGGAGUCUCGCCAAGUGAGCCGCGGUUACCUUGGUGAUGCAAAAAGAACAAGCGCCGUAUUUAUCGAACCCGCUUGGCUACCCGGUGCGAGGGUGUACAAAACAGGUGAUUUGGUAAGGCGGAAUCCCGAUGGCAGUCUGUCUUACUGUGGCCGCCAGGACACACAAGUUAAGAUACGCGGACAACGAGUAGAACUCGGUGAAGUCGAGCAUCAUGUGUCUGAGUGUUUACCGAAUGCAUCAGGUGUUGUGGCGGAGGUUAUAGAACCUGCUGAGAAAGGCAAGACUAUCCUUGCUGUGUUUUUCUGCGCCAGUACAGGCUUGGGUAGUGUGCCAGUGAGCAAUCGGGGAGAGACCGAAGUAGGAGCUUCGGAGAUACAGCCCGUAUACAUACCGAAAAGUGUCAUUGAAAAACUUGAGGAUUGUUUACCAUGUUAUAUGGUACCUGCUGUCUUCUUUAAUGUGAAGUUAAUGCCUAUAACUAUAAGUGGUAAGACAGAUCGACAACGUCUACGUGAUAUGGGCUCCUCUUUCUCGGCUGAACAACUUGCGCGAGCAAUCAACGGAAAAGAUCAGCAGAGACGGAUGCCAUCAACUGCGGUAGAAUGUCGACUACAGAAGCUAUGGGCCUCCGUUCUUAAUGUCGAUUCAUACCAAAUUGGCCUAGACGACAGCUUCUUCCGUUUAGGUGGAGAUUCCAUCUCAGCCAUGAAAUUGGUCACGGCAGCGCGGAAAUUCGGAAUCGCCCUGACUGUGGCAGAGAUAUUCCGCCAUCCUCAUAUUGACGAACAGGCUGAAAUUUCUAUCUCUUCAUCCGAACUUUCACAAGAAUCCAUCACAGUCAGGCCGUUUGAGCAGGUUGAAGGGAAGGACUUAGAGGCGAUCCUAUCUCUUCCAGAGCUUGCCCCGUAUAUCACAAAUAUUAGUAAUAUCGAAGAUAUUCUUCCCGCGACAGACGUACAGGCAUUUUAUGUUUCACGGGCCAUUGAAUCUCCUGAGGAAGCCCUGAACUAUUUCUACUUGGACUUUGAUGGUACUGUUGAUUUGGCGCUUUUAGAGGAAGCUUGCCAAGCUGUCAUAGACCAUUUCCCUAUAUUGCGCACUAUAUUCGUCCCAUUCGGGGGAAAGACGUACCAAGUGGUUAUCCGCAAAACCGGGAGACUGGUUGAAGUGAGUGACGCCAUCAAAGAUCUUUGUCGAACAAGCGAUGAUUUCUGUCUGCAUGAUCUGAAAAAUGGGGUUAAAGCCGCCUCUCUAUUUUCAUCGAUCACAAUUCUUCGGCAUCAAUGUUCAGGUUCCCGGCUAAUUUUCCGUAUAUCCCAUGCUCAGUAUGAUGGCAUGUCUUGGCCCUUGAUUCUUAGGUGUCUUCGGGAAGCAUAUUUCGGGAUGCCAUUGAGACCAGCUAUAAGCUUCUCCAGCUUUGUAUCUUACACAGCUAGACGAGCCACUCAAUCACGAACAUAUUGGGCCAAACUUCUCCAAGGAUCCACCAUGACAGAAAUUUCCUUGAGGUUGGCGCAUGCUCAGUCAUCACAUGGGCAAAUAUCCAAAACUCACGUUACAAAGACUCUUUUGAAGCCUAUACCGCCAAAAGGAAUCACCGUUGCAUCUCUCGUGAGUUCUGCUUGGUCGUUGGUCUUGAAACAUAUUACUGGGAAGACGGAUGUGGUAUACGGAUUCAUCGUUUCUGGGCGUAAUGCAGUUAUUCAAGACAUUCAAAAAGUAGUGGGUCCCUGCAUGAAUACCGUUCCAGUCAGAGUUACCUUCUCCUCCGCUUGGACAACGUUUGACCUUUUGCAUUACGUCAUGGACCAGCAUCUUUCUAUGGGAGAAGCCGACUCCUUGGGCUUUCAGGAUAUAGUCAAAAACUGUACCCAAUGGCCGGCUGAUACCAAGAUGGACACACUGCUUCAAUAUCAUGAUAUUGAUGAAACCCCGGGUGUUUCUCUCUCUGCAAAAUCAAAUUCCAAUGUUGCAAAGCUGGACUGGUUUAGAAAACCGUAUGCCGUGCCCACCAAUGUUGAGAUAUCCGCCCGGCCAAACCAAGAUAAUCUCGACAUAUCAAUUACUGCAGAUAGUCAUUUGCUGGAUACCCACACCGCAAGAAUUCUUUUGGACUCAUUUGAACGUGCCAUACAGUGCCUUUCUGGCACUGAUACUGUGCCGCUGGGCUCACUUAACCUACCCCUUGCACCUUCUCGCUGUCAAUGCAAAGCGCCUGAUUUCUAUGCGUCAUCUUAUUUAACCUUUCAAUUAUUGUGUUUGAUGUUCAGAUGA